GACAUUUCCAAAUACUUUUUUGGAUGAUAAAGGGUUUUAUAUUUUCUGCUUCAAAUUAAAAUAUAUUUUUUAUUGAUAUCACAAUUCGUUGUUGCUUAAAAUAAUCCGAAUUGCAAAUUUUGUGUGAGUGUUCAAACAAACAAAAAUUCUAUCAGAAUGUUCGACUGGAGUGGUAUUUUUAAAGAAGAUUUAUCAAAAAUUGGACCUAAAGCAAACCAUGGUGAAUCAGAUACGAGUGUAUUUCAAACAGCGUAUAGAACAUUUCAAAGCAUUUGUCACCAUUAUGACUGGAUUAUAUAUACCAUAACCGCAAUCGUUUUUGUGUCCUGCCUAAUUUACUAUUACCAUGAUUGCAAGCGUCGUUCGGCAUUGCGAAGUAGAGAAUCGCCCAGGACUCAUGACAGAUUGCAGCAGCAAAGACGUCCUGGAGCAGAAUAUCGCAAUCAUCAGAUAUUUCGCAAUGCCGUGUCGAAUUUGGGCCCUUUCAGAGGCCAAAACAAUGAAAUGCCAAAUGAAAAUAAUUUGAGAAGAACUCGCAGUGGUCGUAUUUAUGGCAAGUGGGGCAAUUCAAAUUAAAGCAGCACAAUGGUCAUUUGAUUCAUUGCUAAAUUUGCCAAACAUCGAAAUAAUAGUUUUAUCGCAUUAAAACCUUUUAAAGUAUAAACAGCAGUGCCAUCUAGCAAUUGAUUUAAUAACUACGGCUGAUAUGAGCUUUAACAUCUAGGGCAUUGUCAUAUAUACCAAAUAAAAGCAAGUUUAGACUGCUCUCAUUAAA